CUUAUGAACCCCUUUGUCUCACUCGGCCACCACUUGUGUCUUUAUGGGAGGGACUGUGGAUCGUGGACCCUCUAGCAGACUCUUAUUAACAGGCCAGACUUAAGCGACGUUGCAUCUUAACAGACACAGCGUUUUCGCUCUAUCUUGCUAUCUAAAUGGCCAAGGCUUCCCGCAUCUCCUCUAACUUCGGUGAGGACAUUGGCGCUUGCAUGAGUGCCAACAAUGGCACAGGCAGUGACGCAGAGGGGCAGUCUCCUUACAUACCAGCUAAGGAGAAGAAAAUUCAUGUAAAGUCGUCGAUGGUUUGUCGCUACUAUGCGGCCAGAACUUGUUGGCGUGGUUCAGCGUGCCGUUUUGUGCAUUUGCCACAGGAGAGUAUGCUACAAGGAAUCCCGCAAUCAGAGUAUGCUUACCCUACCGAAAAUGUUGUGCACACGAGAACAUGUCGCUACUACGAUGCGGGACAUUGUCGACGUGGUUCAGCAUGCUAUUUUGUGCAUUCGUCACCGGAGAGUGUGCCACAGGAGUAUGCUUACCCUAACGGACACGAGGUGCACACAAGAACACCACAUAAGGGGUGUGAUCAAAACAUCGGCCAUGGUCAUGGCUGCACAGCGUACGCUACAUACACGGUAGCCCCGCAUGUGGCAUCUUAUGGCUUCGACGCGAGAGACGCUUUUGACAAUUCCAGUAAUACCACCUCUUCGUCGGACUCCACCCCGUUUGAUCAAGGUUUGAACGCCGCAUUCCAAGUCAUGACCAUCGAAGACCCCGUCUCUUCAGAAUAUCUCCUUUCUGCGUUCUCACAACCAUCACCAAGCUUACAAUACCCCAACAACACGGGCACACGCUGUAGCAAUGUAGCAUACUCAGGUUACAAUCGUGGAUAUAGUCCAACCGGUUCGAAACCUCGAACAGCCACCCGCAGGAAAGCAGAGCAGGGAAAGGAGAAACCAACCCUAUAUAGAACUAAACCUUGUAAAUUUUUCUCAGCACGCAAAACCUGUCCUGGAGGUAAUAAAUGCAGGUUUUCUCAUGACGUAGAGAAAGGUAAACGAGCAAAGAAAGCCGAUAAUCAGGCCUAUGGGACAGCGUCAUCUCACUUGCCUCCGAAACCGCGUUCACUUCAGGAAGAAUUAAUGGCACGUGAUUAUUAUCCUAUUACCUGGCGAGUGAUUGGUGGUGGUGUAAUGAUGGGGCUACCUUGCAAGGCGUUCGCAGCGGGCUACUGCCCCGACGGCAAGAAUUGCAGGCUGGCUCAUGAGACCGAAGUCUGGACUUCUGAGAAUGGUGUUGUGCAAUUGAAGACACAAUCAUCGGCGACGUCUGUGGCAGUGCCAUCCUCUGCAAAACCAUCGCUAGAUUCAAGUGCUGAAUCGAAGCGCAGGAUAAUAUGCACCGACGGAGGUACAUCUGGUAGCACAAAUGAUGCAGAGUACUCUACGUCGGCUGCAAAUUCAAACAACGCCGCACCUUCUCAACAUCGACGUACCAGGUCGAUGUCUAUGCCGACUUCGCCAUCAGUUCUCAGAGCUCCUCAUGUGAGUACUGUCUGCAUGCUUGUCAAUUCAAACUAACGUGCCUCGAAAGAUUUUUGCGGAGUCGUGACCGCGAAUCUUGAAAGAAAAACAAUUGCCGUCGCUCGACUUGGGUCUAAGGAAUACUCAUAUGUAUGGAAGUGGGUGGCUGGGAGCUUGGCACCUAGAUUUCGAGGGUUUACGAGUCUUGUAGCAUGUAUGUAUCAUAAAGAAUGAAAUGGAGACUGGACCUUGCAUUGCGAGGCCAUAGGUAUGUAUAUGAGGGUUCGAAAGCUCAGCGCCAAAUCGUGUGUUAGUGUGUAUUUACGCACUGAAGAUCCACUGAGGUGCCACAUUCACCGCCAGUAGCCUCUCGAGAAAGCAGUUACAGCAUACUGGUAUUCGACCGUAAUGUUACAAGUCUGCUAUCAUCCAAUCGUUACAAGACACUGGUUGGCCCAACCUUGGCUAAGUAAGUAAUAGUACGCGGUGUCCAAUCAAGCAGGCCGCGUCGGGCUUACAACUGGACAGUGGACAGG